AUGUUUCGUCGUGAUCCACCUUCAACACCCGGACGCGACUACUACUACGACUACGACCGCCAGCCGUCGACCACACCUGCCGGCCCCCCGCCUGACGAUUCAAGAUUUCCCACCUCGACCCCAGCUGGCCCGCCGCCAGGCAUGAAUAACGGUCUUUUCGGCAACACACGGCCGACGUUCAAUCCCAACAGCUAUGACUACGCCAGCAACUCGCUCUUCGAUAGCUCGCCGCCCAAGCCGGGCUUGUUCGAAGGCAUUGGAGCCGGCUCAAUAGGCACUUCGACCUCCGGACGACCCCCAACACAACGAGGACGCAUCACAACCUCCGGCCAAUUCCAAGCGCCCACCAACACACUGCACCGAGACGCAGAAGGCGAGUCGGAUGACGAGUACACGGAGGAGGAACAAGAAGAAGACGAAGACAUGGAUCAAGAUGAGGGCACCGACGAGGACGAACCGCUCUCACCACAGCGCCGCAACAAGACACAGAACAGGUUCUCCCAAUCCGUCGUCUCAAGAACGAGCGCAAAUGAUGUGGAGCCAGGCCCUACACUGGUUCGCUCAGGCGCAAAACAGACACAAUUCGAUCUCCUAGCGCUCGCCAGGGGCCUUACAUCCGACGCGCCUCAAGGCCGCUGGCAGCCAACUGGCAAACCGCAAUUCCUGCGCGAAUCCGACCACACCAUACUUGAGACGGAGCGUCUGGUCGAGAAGGUUCACGAGUCUCUCCACUCAGACUCGCCGGACAAGCGAACCGAUGUGCUCGGCUCGGUCGCUCAGGAACUGACUGCAGUCUGGAGAUCAAUCAAGCCAAACCCCAACACCAUGUCAGACCAGCGACAGGAGGUAUUGCAAGGCAGUCAUCUUGCCACUCUUCUGCUCACCCUUCACCACCCCCCACAGAUCGACCUAAACCAACGAGCCUCGGCCCUUUCACUUGUACCUGCGCGAACCGAUCCGAGACAAUACACUCCUAUUCCAAGAGUACUGCUCGACUGGCUGAACAACACAUUCUCCGGUGUAUCUGAGGUUGGAGAGGUGUUGAAAGAGACACGCGGGUAUUCAAGACACCCUUCGUUCUGGGAGGCGGUGCAUGUUUCCAUUGUUCGGGGCAACUUCUCGCAGACUAUGAAAUUACUGCAGGGAGCUCGACUCGAAAACGCCGAGACAGCCGAACACGACGGACUGGGCACCACAGGAUAUGUCGGAUCACACCUCCAAUACGCAAACCACGCGCUACGUCAAGCAAUCGAUCUUCUGCGAGAAUGUCCAGCUAUUGCAUCCGAAGAUUGGGACAUCAAGGGACAUGACUGGAGUAUUUUCCGGCAGCGCGUACAACAAGUAUAUGUCAGCUUGGAGGACUUUUCCGAGGGCGAAAGUGUGAACCGUCAUUCUGUCUCUCAGCCUUUCAAGGCGGCACACUUUGGUAUCUCGCAAUCCCAGGCAAGCUUCCAGCUCAGUGUGGCCAGUCGCAAAGCUGAAAGCAAAGUGCCGUGGUCCGUGUAUGAGAACUUGGGAAGGGUUUACCAGCUUUUGCUAGGCAAUGAAGAAGAGAUCCUUACCUUGUCAGCCGAUUGGAUCGAAGCAGUUGUGGGCCUGGGUGUUUGGUGGAACGGAGAAGAGGACGACUCGGCAUUCGGCAGUCUGGCGGCAAGCCGUCGCUCCAUCCUGCGGUCACAACGAGUUCGUCCUGUCGACGUGACUCCGGUCAAAGCGUAUUGUCAACGGUUGUCUUCUGCGCUAGCAGCAGUCAUCCAGAACAGUGACGAAGACUUCAGUGUCAAUGCUGUAGACCGCUUCGAAGUGGGUUUAGCAUGUGCCUUCGACGACAACAUCGAGGGUGCUCUCGAAAUCCUCCAAGUCUUGUCGCUCACCAUGGCAUCUGCGGUUGCGGAGCUUGCCAGCGCAGGAGAGUGGUUCACAAGCGCAAAGGGCCUGAUGGAUCAGUUCGACCAGAGUGAUCUAAUGGUCCUGAGCUACACUGAACAGCAGAAGCCAAAGGGCCUGACAAAGGAUGACUUACUUGUUACCUACUCACAACUCUUACCUGCGAGAGGCGAACUCACUAGCAGAGAUGGUCAAACGUCCAAAGAAGGAUGGGAGAUUGCCGUGCAGAUUCUCGGCAGACUUGACGACGUCAUAACAGCGAACGAGCGCAUUGAGCGGAUACUAAAUGACCUGCAACUCGAGUCCUCAGCCCGUGUUGACAAAAUCACUCAGCUUUGCCACAAUCUGGGCCUCUCACAGCAUGCUGUCAUCAUCGCUCAGAAAUAUGCCGACCACCUCCGCACAAACACCGAAAGCUAUGGCGACACACUGCUCUACUACGCCCGUGCCCACGACGCACAAAAGAUCCAAGAGGUGCUACGUGUAUUGGUCGCCCACUGCCUUGUCAAGUCAAUCGCCUAUCCGCCUCUAGACGAAUUAGACGAGUCACUUAGCUCGCUCAUUACUUCACCAAAGCAAACCCUGACCAAACUCGCGAGUCUAGACUCGGAAGCCGCUUCUCUGCUCUCGAACCACCUCAGUGGUUAUGCGACAAUACGCAAAUACUACGAUCUGCGAGAUGAAGGGAUAUUGCUAAAAAACGGAGAGAAGCCAGCACAUCGGCCCAUGGCACGAAAACGAGCUGCAGCAAACGCGCUUAUGGUUAUCAUCGCUAGCGCAGCGUCCAGCAUCCGUGGCGGACUGUAUGAUCCAGAGAUAGAAACUGUGGUUCAAGUCGAUGUCCUGCUACCGUUACUGGGUGAGGCGCUUGUCUUCGUCAACCAACCCAAGCGCACUUUGACGCUCCGUCACUUAUAUGAUCUCCUCGCAGCCAUCGAGGACUUUGAUACUGCACCCAGUAUGAUCCGAACGCAAUGCGACGAAGUACUCGCUACUACCCUCCUUUCUGCACAUGACCCCAACUCCUCACAACAACUACCGAACCCACACCAACUGCUAUCGAAAUCAACAUCGAACCUAACGACGGCGUCCAGCCAAUAUUCGCUCAUUGGCUCAACCGAUUUCGGCUCUGCAGAUGGUCAGAGUACAGAAGGUUCGACAGUCUUUGUUAAGGGCGGACAUGUAGACGAUAGCAAGCGUGGUUGGGACUGGCGGAAAGGCUUCCCCAAGGGUGCAAAGAGUGAGGAUAUCAUUGCGGUGCUCAGGUUGGGGGUUGCGAGGGAGAUUGGAAGAGCGUUUGCAGAAGGCGAGGUCACCGCUUGA